AUGCUAGAGAGAGAAAGUAAUAUAAUUAGAAGUGGUGAGAGAGGGCGUGUGGGAAAAAGGGUAGUUGUGGAAACGAAAGGGUCUCAUAAGCGAGCCGCGCCAGGCAUCUAUCCAGCUGGCUUAGGCCUUGCUAGGGAGAAAAAAGAAAAGGUUCUAAACAUUUUGGAUUAUUUUAUCGUUGAACAAAUAGAAGAAAAUGACCUCUCCUCUUUUUGUGACUUUAAUUUUCUCUUCAUGUGGCGGUGGACUGCAAGGAAAGCAAACUUGGCAGUUUUCCUGAAUUUUAGAAUAAGGAUAAGAGUCCAGCAAAGUGAGGCACAGAUAGAUAACGCGGCGUGUUCAGAUAGGAAGCUUAGUGGGGCAUUUGCUGUUGGAAGCUUUUCUCCUGAUAGUCGUCAUCGGCUUACUUUCCCUGGAAAGUUACAAGCCUCCUAA